GUACUUCUCCACUGCACGAGCCACGAGGACGCCUUUCUCUGUUCCCCAGAACACGAAGAAGUCUUUUCUGUUUCCAAUCCCCCCCCUCUCUACACGCAUCGUGAUUCCCGUUGAACUUGAUCGAACUCUAGCCUAAAAAACCUUUCCCACCAAAUUAAAUUAAUCUUCUGCCUCUGGUUUCAAGGAAAAAGAUGAAUCGAGGUCGAACCCGAAACGACGGAGGAAGGUAUUCCACUCCCAGAGGACGGGGACGAGGACGAUCGCCUUCACGUUCCGCUGCUUCUUAUUCUGCACAUCAUCGCGGCCCUGCUGGACCUGAUGGCCCUUCUUCUAAUGUCUCCUCUGGUAACAACUAUGGAGGAUCUCAUCUUGAAUGGCGACCGCGACCGCGAGUGCCAGCGGGUAGUAGUAUUUCAAAGCAGUUUGAUUGCAGAUCCACCUCAAAAUCCCCAUGCCGGGAAAAUCGUAGUUUUCCCUGUACCAAGGAUGAGGUAUCUUCUGAUUUAGGAAAGCUUAAGCUGGUGGAAAGUUCCCCGGAGGCAGUGACUCCUAAGAUGGAACAAGUAUCUUGUAUGUCUAUUUCUGUUGCUUCUUCUGCUUCUGCAUUUGAGAAGGGCGAUUUCCACGACAAAGAUCUUAGCAUAGGAUCUCAUCUUGAAUGGCGACCGCGACCGCGAGUGCCAGUGGGUAGUAGUAUUUCAAAGCAGUUUGAUUGCAGAUCCACCUCAAAAUCCCCAUGCCGGGAAAAUCGUAGUUUUCCCUGUACCAAGGAUGAGGUAUCUUCUGAUUUAGGAAAGCUUAAGCUGGUGGAAAGUUCCCCGGAGGCAGUGACUCCUAAGAUGGAACAAGUAUCUUGUAUGUCUAUUUCUGUUGCUUCUUCUGCUUCUGCAUUUGAGAAGGGCGAUUUCCACGACAAAGAUCUUAGCAUACGGAGAACUCAGAAGGGAAAAAUACCAGGUGCCGAGGUUGAAAGUGAUAGUUCACUACGUGUUGAUGGCUCACCUGCUCUUGAUACUGCGCAUUUGGGAAAUGAGCAAAGCCCUCAUAAGAAGGCAGUAGACAGUGGAAGCUCCGAUAUUCCUGGCUCCUUGGCUGUCAGAGUUCCCUAUGACAUCUGCCCAGUCAGAGCUGAAAAGUCUGUCACGCUGAAAGCUCCUUUACAUGUGCAGAAUAGAGCAAAAAGGAAUGAAGCUAAGCGCUCCAUGGAAGGAACACGUAUAAAUGUAUUGAGGCCUGGGAUGAUUCUUCUGAAGAGUUACAUUCCCAUCGAGGAUCAGAUUGCAAUAGUCAACAAAUGCCGAGAUUUGGGCCUUAGUUCCGGAGGUUUCUAUGAGCCUGGCUACCGGGAAGGAGGAAAGCUGCAGUUGAAGAUGAUGUGUCUUGGUAAGAAUUGGGAUCCUGAGAGAAGUGAGUAUGGAGAUCAAAGACCAAGAGAUGGUGCUAAACCCCCGUUGAUUCCCUCUGAAUUUUGUCAGUUGGUGAAAGGAGCAAUCCAAGCUUCUCAUUCCUUUUUAAGAGAACACCACAAAGUGCCUAUUGUAGAGCGCGUUCUUCCUACAGUGUCACCAACCAUCUGCAUUGUGAAUUUUUACUCAGAGAGUGGCAGGCUUGGUCUCCAUCAGGAUAAAGAUGAAAGCCCGGAGAGUCUGAAUAGAGGACUACCCGUAGUCUCCUUGUCCAUUGGAGAGUCUGCAGAAUUCUUAUAUAAUGAUCAUAGGGAUACGGAGAGCGCAAAGAAAAUCACACUGGAAUCAGGAGAUGUCCUUAUAUUUGGUGGGAAAUCUAGACAUAUAUUUCAUGGAGUGACGGCCAUUAUCCCCAGCACUGCUCCUAUGACCUUGCUGGAUGAAACACAUAUGCGUCCAGGCCGUCUGAAUCUAACUUUUCGGGAGUAUUAGCUAGUGGGAAAUUCUGCUAGAAUGCAGGAAGAGCAAUUGAAAGUCUGAGCCUGUAGUUUAGGUGGCUAUGUUUUUAGAUUUUGAGAAAGUGGAUGCUUACUUUGUAUAGAUGUCUAUAGUGUUAAUUUGACUACAUGUACAGAAGUGGAAUUCGAUCUGCCUGGAAUUUUUUUACUUCUGCCUGGAAUGUUAAUUUGAAUGUGUUGAUUAGGAGACUCUUUUCUUC